AUAAAAUACCAUCGCAAUAUAGCCUUUCAGUUCCCAUCUAUCCCCAAUAUAUCAAAAUGUGUGACGACGAAGUAGCGGCCUUGGUCGUAGACAAUGGUUCCGGUAUGUGCAAAGCCGGUUUCGCCGGAGACGAUGCUCCCCGUGCUGUUUUCCCAUCUAUUGUUGGUCGUCCUCGUCACCAAGGAAUCAUGGUAGGCAUGGGACAGAAAGACUCGUACGUUGGUGACGAGGCCCAGUCCAAGAGAGGUAUCCUUACCCUCAAGUACCCCAUCGAACACGGUAUCGUGACGAACUGGGACGAUAUGGAGAAAAUCUGGCACCACACCUUCUACAAUGAGCUGCGUGUAGCCCCCGAGGAGCACCCCGUGCUUCUAACUGAGGCACCCCGUAACCCUAAGGCCAACAGAGAAAAGAUGACCCAGAUCAUGUUCGAAACCUUCAACACCCCCGCCAUGUACGUCGCCAUCCAGGCCGUACUUUCCCUAUACGCCUCUGGUCGUACAACAGGUAUUGUUAUGGAUUCCGGAGAUGGUGUUUCACACACUGUUCCCAUCUACGAAGGUUUUGCUCUUCCUCACGCCAUUCUGCGAUUGGAUCUAGCUGGGCGCGAUCUUACCGAUCACAUGGUGCGUCUGUUGACCGAGCGUGGUUACACCUUCACCACCACUGCCGAGCGUGAAAUUGUGCGUGACAUCAAGGAGAAGCUUGCCUAUGUAGCCCUAGACUACGAGCAGGAGCUUGAAACAGCCUCAACUUCGUCGUCGUUAGAAAAAGGCUACGAGUUGCCGGAUGGACAGGUUGUUACCAUUGGUAACGAACGUUUCCGUUGCCCUGAAGCUCUAUUCCAGCCCCAGUUCUUGGGUAUGGAGUCUGCUGGUAUUCACGAGACCACCUACCAAUCCAUCUUGAAGUGUGAUAUUGAUAUCCGUAAAGACCUUUAUGCUAACGUUGUGCUGUCCGGAGGAAGCACUAUGUUCCCAGGAAUUGCUGACCGUAUGCAGAAGGAGUUGUCUGCUCUUGCACCUUCCACCAUGAAGAUCAAGAUCAUCGCACCCCCCGAGCGUAAAUACUCUGUAUGGAUCGGUGGAUCUAUCCUGGCCUCUCUAUCCACUUUCCAACAGAUGUGGAUCUCAAAGGAGGAGUACGACGAGUCUGGUCCCUCAAUCGUUCACCGCAAGUGCUUCUAAGUCAUGCUCGGUAUCAUGAUGAUAGAUUAAUUGACUUUGAUAUUCGUUCGUCCGCCCACUGUGUGACGGAUUGUUCUGGUGAUAUCAACUACAUUAAUAAAUAUUAUGGCGGUCACCUGCCUAAAGACACAGUAUCCACUCGAAUAGAAAAGCAUGCUCAGUUUUUGUCGCUUAGUGUGGUACCGCUAAGAGUUUAAUAAAACCAUUCUUUGAACGAAAGGGCAGGCGAUAUGAAGGCUACCAAACAAUUUUUUGACAUGUAUCCCUCCCCACAAUGGCUUGCCGCUGUUCUCUAGAUACACUAGUAGUAGUGUGCAUGACCAAUCAUCAAUAAAAGAAGUUGC